UAUCAUACCUGUGGGUCACGCUUUUAUAAAAUUAAAAAAAAAUCCUUUGACUUUGGAAAGUAAAAACAAGUGUCCUAAUAUGACGUUCCAUUUUCAACAGCAUCUGUCUUGGAAUGCGUCCUAGACUUUGACUAUGGCGCCCCUUUGUGGUGCUUUCUAACUUUCCUCAUGGCUUCCCUUCACCGCCAUCCAGCUAAAAUAGGGAUGCAGAUGUAAGGUUCAAAUUCUUUUGGAUUAAUUUAAUGAUGCGCACAGUGUAAUAAAAGAGCUGCGUCCAAAAUUCAGACAGCAAUAGGCAGCGAUGUAAAUUUAGUCUGCGUGGAUGUGGAUUUAUGGACUACAAAGAAAGCAAGUCCCGCCUGUCGCCCCCUCCGCCUAGCUCCCUCAGCCACCUCUCCUCCACCCUCCUUCCCUUCCGGACCAGUCUCGACAUCGACCUCCCGCCUGGGGAUUGGAGAAGCUGCAUGUCAGUAAAUAUUCGAGCCAUUACCACACGCCCUCCCUCUGUCCUCCGAUAACCGAGCCUGGCAUACAGUGACCAACGCCAUCCCGAGAGCCUCUGCUUACCUGGACCCACCUGGCUAGAAGGCAGGCAUGGAGGAGGAGAUGCAGCCCGCCGAUGAAGGCCCCUCCGCCGCCAAAAUGAGACGCGGUGGUCCCGCCAGGAACCUCCACUGCAAGUCGCGCCCCGACCGCUCCACCUCGGUCAAGUCUUCGCUCUUCACUGACGCUCGACAGCUCACGUUCCGCCCCGGCCAGCAUUUCCCUUUCCAGGCGCAGUAUCAGCUGAGCCACCGCCAGAGGUUCCCCGGCGAGGCCAGGCCCAGCUGCGGGGUCCCGACAUCCACCUCCAUGGAGGCAGCGGGUGGCGUCGCUCUCGGUACCCAGCAGCGGCGCGCCAUCGUCGGCAUAGCAGAAUCAACACACUCCGCUGGACGACUCAAGCAAGAAUCUCCAGACUGCACUUUUGGGAUCACUUCAGAGAAUCGACUCAUCUUAGACGCCUUCGCCAAGGAAUGCAGUCGAGUCCUCAGCCUCCUCAACAACGGGCGGCUGCUGGAACCCUCGCUGUCCAUCCCACCCAGUAUCAAGACAGAGGACGGUCCCAGCGCCAGUCAUUGCUCCAAGCCCGAGGAGAGCUCCUCCUCCUCAUCCACCGAGCCAGAAGAGGAGGCACAACAAAGCCAUUUAAACAAACAGCAGACCACUGCUGUUCUGCGCAUCUUCACAGACUCACUUCACAACUAUUUGCUCUCCGGACAACAGCAACAAUCUCGUUUGGUUGGGGGCUUGGAGGAGGAGCAGUGCCACUCAGUGGAGCCCGGGUCAGAGGUCUCGCCCCCAAGACGCACCCUGGUGGGCUGGGGCUCUCCGACGCCGUCCGACUCGUACGGACACCCUUCAUCCACGCUGCCAGAGGAAGAGGAUGAGGAGAGCUGCUGCCCACGUUGCCUGGAGCUGGAGCAGGAAGUGCUGUCGCUGCAGCAGGAGAACGAGGAGCUCCGCAACAAGCUGGAAACAGUUCCAGUUCCCUGUCAAAAUGUUCUUGACUACUUCAAGAAUGUUGUUGAGUUUCACAACCAACUGGUGCCGCCGAUACCAGAGGAGCCGCUCACUGAGGAAGAAGAACAGCAGACGGUCUUUGAGGGAAGCAAGCAGCUGCUGGAGAAUUACCCUCUCUUCAUCACCAAUAAGCAGUGGGACGAGGCGGUCAACUCCUCUAAGAAAGAUGGCCGGCGACUGCUGCGCUACCUGAUACGCUUCGUCUUCACCACCGACGAACUCAAAUUCUCGUGCGGCCUGGGCAAACGGAAGCGUUCGGUCCAUUUGAGAGAACCGGGCCUGGAGAGACAGCCACUCAAUCCUGUCAAAGUCAGCUGCCUCAGAGAGUUCAUCCGAAUGCACUGUGCCUCCAAUCCAGACUGGUGGAUGCCCUCCGAAGAGCAGAUCAAUAAAGUUUUCAGCGACGCUGUUGGACACGCUCGACAAGGCCGCGCCGUGGGGACCUUCAUGGGCGGCGGAGGAGGUGCUGGUAGUGUCCUCUACCUGGACGGCUUUGACACACACUUGUCUCAGGAUGAGCUCUAUUUGAAAGGCUGUCACAAUGGCCAGUUGGACUGAAGGAGUCUCACCAAGUGUAGCUACACAGCAUCACUCGUCCAAAUCACUGACCUUGUUCUGUUACUUUAUAACAGGGAUGGGGAACCAUUUUCCUGUCAGAGACCAAAGUCCUUAAAGGGCCAUACUAAAUUCAUGAAAAAUGUGAAUGUGACGAUCAAAAACAUGUUUCCUAAUAUACCAUAAGAGCAAAUGUAGGUUAAAUGUUUUUUGUUGUUGUUUUUCAAAUAACAGUUCCACUAAGGUUGUAUUUGUGUGUAGGAGGGCCGGAUCAUAUGGUCUCACAUGGGGUGGAUUGCCCAUGAAUCCUGAGUUCCUCACCGCUGCUUGAGACAGACACAACAUUCCACAUGAGGUUCUAAAAAGAUGCAGAAGAUGAAGUAUUAGCUGCUUUUCAACUAAUUUUAUAGCCCAACAAUAGUUAAAUGCAGGUUAGACUCCAAGGGGUUUUGUAACCAGAUUUCAGUCUUCCAUUUGCUAUCUUUUCAUUGUUUUGGUUACCAUGCAAGAAAGUGGGGCAUUACGAAAACCAAUCAUGACACUCAAACUCCUCCAUUUAGCGAAAUCUUUUCAUUUUUGGGAGGGUGGUUAUUAAGCAAAACAUUUAAUGUCCUUCGGCUGUGAUGAAGCACCUUUAAUUGUAGCCCUCUUUUGAUGUGCGCCCUUAAGAGCUUAGCUGAUAUAACCUAUAGUUUUGUACUUUGCUUCAUUUAAUCAAUACCCAUGUCCUGUUUCGGCAGUGUGAUGCUGAUCAUGAUUCAUCCUCAUCAGCUCCUUUUUGGAGUAUUUCACCCCAAACUAUAUUUCUGGGAGCACUAUCCAACGGUUACGCUUCGUUUACACCCUGUUUGUCUGAAACGUAAUUCAGUGUGGCAUUUAGGCCAUUUUUUCCCCCCUCCAUGCUGUUUUCUCAUGGUCUAUCAUGCUAUCCUUGAUGGGCUGGGGUGGGGUCGCUGCUGAGUCCGGGAGGCUCAAAUGCGCGCUAAGGAUGCCUGUAUGUUCCCCCGUUGCCCAUCAAGUUCUGAUGGGGUCCCUCAUGUUUCUCAAGUUCAGUCAAACUUUUUUACAUUUGUGGCCACGGCAGAGUCAAAUGAGGCUCAAGAGUUCGUGUCGGUGCAGGGCCGCACAUACUGCCACUCAGUAAGUGUGUAAGAAUACAGUACUAGGUUUCUUUAUCGAUCUCUUGUACCAAAAGAGGCAAAAGAGCCUGUUAUUUACUCACACUUUUCACAGUGCACUCAAGUCCUUCACACACUUUUGAGGAGUUGUAGGUAGCUUGUGUGGACACUUUCUAUACAUACAUGUUGGCGGAUCAUUCUAGAGCCCAUGCAUCAUGUCAGGCUCUAGUGUAGUGGAAUGAAACGUGUUGUGUCAUGCCAGGACCCGCCAUGAUCUAACAAGCUUCCUUAUACCCUCACUUACUUAUAGAACCAAGGCAAAACAGGCC